AGAUCUGGUAGCCCCAUGCCACCUGAUCUAUGUGAUAAGAUAACAAUCAUGAAAGUAUCUGCGCUGGCCCGGGGAUUGUUCAGUGCAAUAAAGUCGAAUGCGGCAUCUUCAACCCGAUCGCACUUUACAUAUUACCCGACUAAAUUCUCGCCAGGCACCCGCGAUGUACAAAAAAUGAAUAUGUUCCAAGCAAUAAAUAACGCGAUGGACCAGGCUCUUGAACAAGACUCGUCAGCAUUAUUAUUUGGCGAAGAUGUCGGCUUCGGUGGAGUUUUCCGUUGCUCUGUCAAUUUGCGGGACAAGUAUGGAAAGGAUCGUGUCUUUAAUACACCAUUGUGCGAGCAAGGCAUUGCUGGCUUUGCUAUCGGCGUGGCCAACAUGGGGGCUACCGCCAUAGCCGAAAUUCAAUUUGCCGACUAUAUAUUUCCGAGCUUUGAUCAAAUCGUAAAUGAGGCUGCCAAAUACCGUUAUCGAAGCGGUGGUCUAUUUGACUGCGGUUCCUUGACGUUCCGAGUACCUUGUGGCGCUGUCGGACAUGGUGCCUUAUAUCAUUCCCAAAGUCCUGAGGCAUACUUCGCGCACACGCCCGGUCUACGUGUUGUGAUUCCGCGUGGUCCAAUUAAGGCAAAGGGUCUUUUACUGGCGUGCAUUCGCGAUGCCAACCCGUGCAUAAUGUUCGAGCCCAAGACCUUGUAUCGCGCAGCGGUUGAAGAGGUGCCAACGGAAGCCUAUGCGGAUGAUUUGGGAAAAUGCGAUAUUUUGCGUGAGGGCAAGGAUGUCACACUCGUCGGCUGGGGCACACAAGUUCAUGUGCUUCUGGAAGUCGCAGAUCUGGCGAAAAAGCAACUGGACAUUGAUUGUGAAGUUAUAGACUUGGUAUCAAUUUUACCCUGGGAUACUCAGACCAUUUGCAAUUCUGUUAAUAAAACUGGUCGCGUGCUGAUUGCCCACGAAGCACCAUUUACUCAAGGCUUUGGUUCUGAAAUGGCAGCUUAUAUACAGGAAAAGUGCUUUUUGCGUCUUGAGGCUCCCGUUAAGCGGGUAACUGGCUGGGACACUCCAUUCCCACAUGUUUUCGAACCUUUUUAUUUACCCGACAAACACCGCUGCCUAGCCGCUCUUAAGGAAAUCAUCAAUUAUUGAUCUUAUAUCAAUGACUAUAUAUACUCGUAACGGAUGCAUUUAUUUACAAUUUUUUGUUGUUGUUUUAUUCUAAUUGCGAAGGGAUCUGAGGAGCUAAACCAAUAAAUAAUUUUUGUACAAAC